AUGAAUUUUUAUUCGUUGAUAUUAAUUCAAUUAACAAUAAUUUACGUAUUAAAUUGUUUAACAGAGAUGGAAGGGAAGACAAGCAUCUUACCAACGAAAAAUACAACAACAAAAACAAAUAUCACCAAAACUAUAAAAAAGUUUAGACCUCAAAAACGUACAAAAAUUCUGUUAUUUAAUACAACAAACAAGCCAAAAGAAAGUUUCGAAACUUCAAAUAAAACCUUUAUUAACAAACAAGCAUUUAAUAAUAUUACAAAAAAUACAAUUCAACCUCGAAUAAAAAAUAAAACAAUUAUUGCUAAUAAUAAAAUUAGUAAUGGUACCAAAAAUAUGAAUUUAAAUAAAACUAUAAAGAAAACACAACAAUCUGGUAGAAUGGUGAAUACAACUGUUAGAAUGAGUUCAAAUGUAUGUAAACUAAGUAUAGAGUUAAACCUUAUAUUUUGCUAAGAGAAUUUAAUUUAAAAAUCGGUUUACUAUCGCUACAAGAAGGCGAGGAAAGACGGGCAUAAAUUCAUUAUUAACCAUAGUCUAAAAUUAUGAAUGGUACCCGAAAUAUGAAUUUGAAUAAAACUUUAAAUAAACCAAAAAUAUCUGAUAGAAAGGUGAAUAUAACUGUUAGAAUGAGUUUAAAUGUAGGUAAACUAAGUAUAGAGUUAAAACUUUGAUUUUGCAAAGAGAAU